AUGACCGUCACCUAUACAUUAGAGGUGAGCAAAGCGAAAUUCUGGGGAUUUCCCAAAUUACUCGCUCGAUGGAAAGGAUCAAUAUAUCGAUUAAUCUACAGAGAAAUGUUGGUUUUCUUGAUAGCCUAUUAUGCAUUGAUGUUGAUUUAUCGAGUUGUACUUGAUGAAGACUCCAGAAAAAAAUUCGAAGCAUUUGCUUUAUACUGUCGCGAGAUGAGCUCGACAGUGAUGAUCACUUUUGUUCUCGGUUUCUAUGUGACACUUGUGAUGGGAAGAUGGUGGCAACAAUACAUGAAUAUUCCAUGGCCUGAUAGAAUUUCAAUGGAAAUUUCGGCUUAUGUUCACGGAACAGAUGAGAGAGGAAGAAUGAUCAGAAGAUCGAUGGCUAGAUAUCUCAAUUUGUUGAGUCUCUUCACGUUUCAGAAUACUUCAACAGUUAUCAAACGAAGAUUCCCAACAAUGGAACAUCUUGUUGAUGCUGGUUUGAUGACACCUGAAGAGAAAAUUGAAUUAGACAGAACAUCAACAGCAAAUGGAGAAUGGUGGUUACCCGCUCAUUGGUUCACUCAAUUGGCUGUGAUGGCGAGGAAAGAAGGACGGAUUCAUGAUGAUUUCCAUCUGAAAACGCUUAUUGAUGACCUGAUGGCAUAUCGUGGAAUGUGUGGAAUGAUUUGGUCGUACGACUGGAUCUCAGUGCCUCUUGUUUACACUCAAGUGGUCACCAUUGCUGUUUACACGUUCUUUGUGGCUGCCCUUUUUGGAAGUCAAUUCUUGUUUGGGAUUGAGGAAACCUCAUCUUUGUCUGUCAAUUACUACUGUCCAUUAUUCACAAUCUUUCAAUUUUUCUUCUUUGUCGGUUGGCUGAAAGUGGCUGAGUCAAUGAUUUGUCCAUUUGGAGAAGACGAUGAUGACUUUGAUGUGAACUGGAUUAUUGAUCGAAACAUCAUUGUCGCUUAUCAGAUUGUGGAUACUCUUCACAAAAGAGUUCCCAUUUUAUCAAGAGAUGCCUUCUGGGAUGAAGCAGAGCCAACUCUUCCCUAUACAGAAGGAUCAGUUCAAUUCAGAUCACAGCCAUUCGUCGGAUCGACGACAGCAAUGAACAUUCCUGAGCGAGCCGCUCAAUGGGAAGCUGCUGAAACGAUGCCUCCAAUAAGUGAAGAAGAUGGAGUGAUUGGAGUGUAUCAACAGAAGACACCAAAAGACGAAGAUGACGACAGUGACAGUGAUGCAGCAAGCGAAACGUCAAGAAAAAUCCAUCAUCAGCAAGGUUUGGGCGGGUUGAUGCUUGGCUUCAGUCGCCAAAAUUUGGCGAGUCGUUUUGGGAGUAAAUUUGGAAGUCUCAACUCGAUUCUUGGGAUAAAGCCCUCUCGUCCCGGAUCUCCCCCAACUGUUCCCAAUACAAGGCAUACAUCGGUGUCAAGGAUGAGAAAUUAUGACAGUAAUGCAUCUGAUGAUCUUGCAAUGCCUCGAGAUGCUCCAAAUAGUACAGACGCUUCUUCAAGCUUAAUCCAUGAAGGAGAUGAAGGGAAACCGGCUCCCAUUCAACAUAUGCUAUCGACAGGAGGGGAAAAGGUCUCAAAUGCCACUUCUCUGGCCAUUGUCCCUGAACAUGGUGUGGUCGAUUUGUCAAACGAUUCCCCGAGGAAACGAGUAAAAUCAUCAAGAGAUCAGUCAAUUGAGGAAAAUGCUGACAAUUCUCCAUCUUCAACUCAUUCACCCAAUGAAGAUUACGGUAGCCGAACUCCACUCUGUGAGAAAAUG